CAGCGUCUACAGGUUAUCAAUCAAUACUCAGGCCAGAGUUAGCGCUUCACUCGAGCUCAAUCACUUUCAUAUCUAGAUUACAGAUAGAGGUCUGUGCGUGCGCGACACGAUGGCCGAAGAUGCCUUGUUUGCCGGUGAUUACGAUGGUCCGUGUCCUCUGUGUGAAGAGGACGAGCAAAGAGGGUACUGUAGAUACAGAAACGGCGAGCAUGAGAGUGAGAGAGUAAAAAACGGUAACGGAGAAGAAGCGGAAGACAAGGAGCCACAGGGGUUUAGGAGUGAUGCUGAGGUGAAACCAGAGAAAAUAACCGAGGAGGACUGGACAUUAGGUCAAGAGACUGAAGAUAGGGCAAACAAGGAAGAAACCAAAGCUGAAGAUGUCACACAGAAAAGUGAAAAAGGCAUAGAUGAGGACGAAGAGACAAAAAAGAAAGUGGAUAAUGUAGAAACAGAUGGAAAAUAUAACAAAGAUGAGCGCGAAAGUACAUUCGAUUUCAAAAAUGAUGAAACAAAGACAGUUGAUGAUAAUGAUGCAGAGACAAGUGACUUGCUGGUCCCGUCUCUGGAGGAUGACUGUAUUUUGCAGAUGGGCCCGGACUGCACCAUAGACCUGGUGAUGGUGUGUGAUCAGUCGGUGGAAAGAUGCAUGAACGAAGACCUUUUGUUAUGUACCUCCAAAUCUUCAGAUCUCCCCCAGCAGACCCUUGUAAAAUCCCCACUCAGACCGUUAUCUAUCACAUUGCCCCCUCAAAAUGCCACAGUACUGCCCUUUCAGCCCCAGUCUCUACUUCAGCCUCACCUCCCACCACAGGCCCAGCUGGAGGCCCCGUGCUUGGGCAAGCGGCCCUACGAAAGCAGGGCCGAUGUACCCACAGGACAGCUGGAGGUGACGCUCCGGCAGGUGUACAGCACUCGCCGCUACACCCGCUUCGCCAACAGAGUGGCCCCUCUUAUACCUUUGGCCUCAGUUGGUGGAGAAAGCAGCAGUCAGGCUUUACCCUCCAUCAGCAUGGAUGCUCCUCUCAUGCCUCCGAAGAAGAAAACUCGCACCUUCUACAGCACCGAUCAGUUGGAGGAGCUGGAGCGUGUGUUUCAGGACGAUCAUUACCCUGAUGGAGACAAGAGAAAGGAGAUCGCUGCCUCCAUUGGUGUUACGCCCCAGAGAAUCAUGGUGUGGUUUCAGAACCGUCGAGCCAAGUGGAGAAAAACCGCAAAAGGCACGGCAAAAAAGCCUCCUGCUAGUCAAGGUCAAUCUUGUGUCCAGGUCAACAGGCCAACAGUUUUCACAGCUCCUGCUGUUACAUCUCAACAUGCUAAGCCUGGAAACACACUUCCUCCCUACAGCACCAUCCGGACCAGCUGCACCAGUCCACCAGGUCCAGCCUGUGUCGAUGUGGCACCUUGUGUGUCUCAAGGAGGUUUUUUGGAGUACAUGCCCCCUCCUAUGCACAGUCCUCCUCCGAUACGGCGUGCUUCCUUGCCUCUUAUCACGGCUUACAACCCACCUACUCACACCGUGUCCCUGCUGCUUGACACACCUGAACACAGCGAGCCCAGCUCCGCAGACACAACGCCGCUGAGUUUGCAGACUGACACAGGGUUUGACUAUGAUGGUUUGGGCACCUCUGUCAAGCUGGAUUACAUGACGUCUGCUGCACAGAACAAUGCUCUAAAUUUCCAGCUCAACACAUUUCCACAACCGUCUAACACCUUAUCUCAGCAAACAAAUAGUCUCCUACCUCAGCAAGCCAACGCUCUGUUACCCCAAAAGUCCAGCUGUCUUAUGGCCCAACAGUCCAGCACAAUAUUGCCCCAGUACUCGCACCUGUCGUACCUGACUCCCUCUCCUUACCUCACACCCAACCCCACAGAGAACAGCAGCGCUGCUUAUCUGCCCCUCAGCACAGGAACCAGCAACACUCUGCCUGCAUAUACCAGCAGCGGACAUGCGUAUCUCCAGCCUCAAACCAGCAGCCAGAUGCUGCUACAGUCAGGAGUUCACGCGUUUCAGGCCUACCCUUGGACAACUGACAUGUACGGUCAGUCGGGUCAGUAUACACAGGCAGUAUUUCGACCACAGUUAUCAUCACAGUCUCACGAGAGCCAAUACUCCCAGCUCCUGCCCCAGCAGCACUACAUUCAACUGGAAGGAGCUCCGCCGCAGCCCAGCCUACCCAAACCCACUGACCCCCUGCUGCCCAGUGUCAAAGUAGAGUCUGAAGACAUGGGCCACGGCCAGCCAAUCAGAGUCAGUGAGGCAGAGCCUAAUUUUCACUGCGAUUUCUCACCGAUCAACUUUUAACAACAGCAGGGUACUGGCUGUGAAGAUCCGUGAGCGAUAUUUUCUUUUCUUUACAUGUUUGUCUUCUGUUUUUUUGUUGUGGUGUGCGGGAGCUAUUAAAAUGCUCUUUCGUUGAAGAUUUUUCGUUUCUUGUUUUACAUCUUCCCAUGAUUUAGUAAAUGCAUUACCCACGGUCAGUGACACAAACAGGAAUCAGAGGGCACAGGACAAGCUUUCAUGUUCAGUCCCUCCUUUUGGUUGAAGCAAAGUGUGAGGGCACCUAUAAGAGAGACUGGCAUUUGCCACAAGAGAGCGCUGUUUCACAAGAGCACUGAUCUUAGUUGAGGUUUUUUUUUAAGCUGUUUCUGCUCACCUCCUUACUGCUCUCAUCACUACAUAUGCUUACUCUCUUUCUCCGUAGAUUUACUCAACUACUGUGGAAUUAAUUAGGGGCAAGUCAAGAUCUUUUUCAAGCUGUAUUAGCACAAGUAUCAUUUAAAAAGAUACCACAAACCUCUGCGGCGUUAAUAUAACCUCACACACACGUAAAAGCAUGCUCUAGAUCCCUUACACUUCCUGUCUCUGGUUGCUUUCAGAUACGGGGAGAAAAGAUGCAAGAUAAAAGUAAACGUCUGUGGCAUGUUUGCUUGUUAGUUCGACCUCUUAAUGCUUGCAAGUUAAAUGACUGGAAAUGCAAACUCAGGUCAUGUUAAGCGAGGAAUUCACGUUUAUUCAGAGGUCACCAAAAAGGUUUAAGGGACAGUUUGUGCAAAAAGUGCAAUUUAAUAACUACUGAAUGCAAUUAGAAUUAAGUGGAUUUUUAAAAAAUAUUUCUGUUUGUUAGAUUUGAACAGUCACUUUUUCAACAGUUAGUGUCAAAGAAAAGCGUGGUUUCGUCGCCUGCAUGGUGGUGUGUGUUUGGCCAUAAAUAUGUCUGUUUAAAUAUGUCAUUUCCUC